CUUAUUAUUUUUUUUAAAAAUCUUCGUCGGUAAUUUUGGGUGGAGCCCUAUGUACCCCAGUUGCCCCCCAGCUGGUGGCGCGUUUGACUGACGCGGUGCCAGCUUCUUGCGUCUUGCCCCCCAGUUGGUAUAUUUCAUUAAGGCGUGUAGCCUUCGCCCCUUGUAGAUUCUUCAUGGAGCUCUCCUCGUCGGGUUUUUUUUUUUUAACCCUCAGUUUGGAGUUCUCCUCGUCGGGGUUUCUAACCCUCAGUUUGGAGUCUUCGAUGCUCUUAUUGAAGUCUUAUUUGUGUGCUUCGUUGAGACUUAUUUGUGGCUCCUGGUCGGGGUUUUUAACCCUCAGUUUGGAGUCUUCGAUGCUCUUAUUGAAGUCUUAUUUGUGUGCUUCGUUGAGACUUAUUUGUGGCUCCUCGUCGGGGUUUUUAACCCUCAGUUUGGAGCCCUCCUCGUCGGGGUUUUUAACCCUCAGUUUGGAGUCUUCGAUGCUCUUAUUGAAGUCUUAUUUGUGUGCUUCAUUGAGACUUAUUCGUGGCUCCUCGUCGGGGUUUUUAACCCUCAGUUUGGAGCGCUCCUUGUCGGGGUUUUUAACCCUCAGUUUGGAGUCUUCGAGGCAAUGUGCCCUCUCCCUUAGCGCCAUUAACGCUCAUGAGAGUAAAAUAUUUCAAUAUUUGAUAGUGAUAAAGGGAUAGAGUACUUAGCUUUCUAUUGGCGAAGCGGCGCUAAGAGUUGUUAAAAGGCAGAUGCUGCGCCAUUGAAGCACAAGGCGUGUAUGUAGCCUACUGGUACUGUUGCUUGUCACGCGAAGGAGUGACGCGGGUUCGAACCCUCGCGGUGAUGAUAUUAUUUUUGAUGGGGCGCCUGUUGGAUGCGCGGUGCGAGUUGGGCCGUGCGCUUGUGGCGGGCUUAGUGUGACGCGGGUGAGUCGGACGGGCCGCGAGUUGGGCCUGACGCGGAGUGGAGGACUGGAGGUCAGGCGGAGGUUGACUUGGCGAAGCGGCACGAAGAGUUGUUAAAAGGCAGACGCUGCGCCAUUGAAGCAGAAGGCUUGUAUGUAGCCUACUGGCAGUAGUGCUUGUGAGAUGGAGUGAUGGAGCGGGUUCAAGUCCUCGUGGCGACAAUAAUAUUUUUGAUGUGGCGCGUCUUGGAUGCGGGGCGCGAGUUGGGCCGCAUUACGCGCGAGGUGGACAGGCGGUGAUGUGGGCCGCAAGCAUGGGUUGUAGGGUGGCGCGGCGAAGUAGUUCAAAUCUAGGCGUUGCACUAUUGAAGCACAAGGCUCGCUUGUAGCCUGCUGGUAAUGAUGCUUGCCUGUCGGAGGAGUGGCACGGGUUCGAGUCCUCGCGCCGACGAGAUUUUUUGAAAAGUGCUGAUCUGAUGGAUGCUGCGCGGGCCGCGACUUGGUUGGGCCGCGCGGGCUGGUGGGUCGCGCUUGGUGACACGGGCUGGUGCAGUGCGCGGCUCGGGCCGCUACUUGGUUGGGCCGCGCGGGCUGGUUGGGUCGCGCCUGGUGACGCGGGCUGGUGCAGUGCGCGGCGCGGUCCGGUUGGGCCGCGCGGGCUGGUGGGUCGCGCCUGGUGACGCGGGCUGGUGGAGUGCGCGGCGCGGGCCACGACUUGGUUGGGCGGCGCGGGCCGCGCGAGCUGGUGGGUCGCGCCUGGUGCGACGCGGGCUGUGAUGCGGUGUGGAGCGUGACGCGGGCCCGCAAGUGAAGUCAGGGCCGCAUGAAGGAUUGGGCCUGGUGCGACGCGGGCCGCGACCUGGUUGGGCCGCACCGGUUGGUGGGUCGCGCCUGGUGACGCGGGCUGGUGGAGUGCGCGGCGCGCCGCGACUUGGUUGGGCCGCGCGAGCUGAGGGUGGAAUCGGGAUCGGGUGAAGCACAGGGAACACCAAGAAGCAGAAAAAUUGCUCGUCGCGGCGGGCUGUAGCAAACCUUUUUUUUUUUCAUCCACUUUCCAGCCUGGUAUCCACUUGCCUAUUACUUUGCAUCGAUGCUUGUGCCUUUCUUUUUCUGACACAAGGAGAAAGUAGUGGUAACCCUUGUAUUAUUAUUAUUUUUUUUUUUUUGGGAAAAGCUGUAUGAGGAUGAUGUGACUAUUCUCGACGGGACAGCCGACUUCUGCUUUUAAUCGUCAAAACUCUGGCGACCGAAAUUUGGAAGGAGCAUGGCGCUAGAAGGAGGGCAACUUUUCUGUUUCUUGGAGAAAAUGUUCUUACCAAUGCAGCAGCCUCCUUUGUUUUUGCGUCCUCUAUCCCUCGGAAAUCAGAUGAACGAAAUUGAUGAGUUGCCCCACGGUGGGCACCAAUUGUUUGAACCUACUGGCUCGAGGUAUGAACAAUGAUAUUUGUUGUGUGGGUUGACUCGUCAUCCGUUCGUCUGAUCUCGUCGGGAGGGAAGAAACCUGUGAAAGAGUUGGGGUUGCCCCCCGGAUUAAGCUCCGACGCUCAAGUUAGUGUAUGUUUGUGGAGAGAGUUGAGAGAAUAGAUAGAGAGAUAAAGUGUAGAGAGAUAGUAGAAAGUGGAAAGUGAGGAGAGAGAGAAAGGUCCCCUUUCAAUGGGGAGUUUCAUGCCUUUAAAUACUUCGUAGUGGCGUUCGUCCGGAGCACGUUACCGAUUGAACGCACCCUUAUUUAGUCCGUGCGUGGAGUAUUUAGUAACACCCCCAACACCCUUGAAUGCUAAAUAGAGACAAUUAAUUAAUUAAUCCAUGGAUGAUGGGAGUCAAUUGUGAAUUUGUGAUGCACGUGUAAACAGGGGUUUAGUGGAUUGACACUAGUGGAAGGAUGAUUAGUUAGACAAUACAAUAACUGAUUACUACUCGUGUAUUUAUAGAUAUAUAACUAUCACUAAUCACAUGAUUAACAAACUACAGCAGAUAUGGCAGCAAAGACUGACAUAAGGACUGCAGAAACUGCAGCUGCUUCUCUGUGGGCAACACAGUUUCUUUUCGUUUGGUUGUUGUAUCAUCUUCCAUGGCGACAACAGUCGUUGCAAGAAGUCCGAGUUUCUCAGUCGUGAAAGGCAUGAAUUACUUGAGCCCACUUCCUGUUUUCUUUUGUACCAUACUCUGUUUAAUCAAGUUCGAAUUUGAUGCACAUUGCAGAGGAUUUAACGUUGAUGCAAGUAAGAAAUGGUCAUCAUGAUCAGGUGGAACCAAUAAGGGGAGUUCGAUGACCAGAUCUACAUUUAACAUUGACUAUGCCGGUAACAAGAUGGUAAUGGCAAGGAGAGUACAAACUACAAAGGGAGAAUGAAGCAGAUUACAUUCCUCGAUGUAGCUGCAGACAGAUGUAUAAAUUGCAAAUUUACUGCUAAGAAAGAAAACCCUUUCAC